AUGGAAAUCACGCAGACCAAUGAAAAUUGCCCAAGUUGUUUACCAUGCACAUCUGACCACGUUGAUUGUUAUAUAAUUAACGAAAACGGAUAUGUCGUACUGUCAGAAAUUCCAGCAGAUACUGGCAGAUUUUUUGCACAAACCGAAUUAAAGAGUACUGGAGUUAUAAUGGAAACAAUGAUAUCCAAAAAAAUAUUUAGGCGUAUACCUAUGUUUGACUACCAGGCUUUGUGCAAAGAAAGAAUACCAGCCUCAAGUGCAUCAUCCUACUCGGUAACUUAA